GGGGUAGGUUUCCCAGAAGAGAUUUGGAGCAGCAUUGUCCACUACUUCAAGACUUCCUCACUCUGGUGAAUUGUUAAGGGCUGCGACUGGCAUCAUGCAUUGUCUUUUGUUAGCUGCGCUGGGUGCCCCAAAUGGCCUAAUACCCAAAAUUUUAGAUUAGAAGUCUUGGGGAACACAAGGGAAGAGAAAGCUCAGCUCAUUGGGUCUUUUCCGUGUUGCGGCUGCUGCCUUCCAAGUAGACUGCCCUCUUUUUCAGGUGUCACCUUUCACGUACUUCUUUUCUUUUACGCCCAGUGAUGUCAACUUCUCCUUUUCCAAUGUGGCUUGCUUUGUUCGUUUCUUUUCCGGGCGAAAAUUUGAGAUGAGGGCAGGAACGUCACAAACAACGUUCCUCGUACACUGAAGCUGUGUCAUGAUUGUUUUUGAUCACUCUGUUCUUAGACUGGUUAUUUGUACCCCUGCAGCCCCUGAAACCAUCUGAGCCCAACCGCUGAAGCUUCGAGUAGAUUCACCCUCGUUCAGGGAAACAGGUAGUGCAGCCCUUUGUCACUCCAGCCGUCAUGGCUGGGGCAACUCAGCCAGCACCUCUGGCCCCCGUAGCCCUCGACCAACCCAUGAGCAACCCUUCCAAGAUCCUCUUCCAACAAGAGACUGAGCUCCCGGCAGAAACCUCCGGAGGGCCCAACACAGACGCCAACGUAGCUUCCCCCUCUCCUAAAACCUUAGACGGAGCUUCUCAAGCCCCCAAUGUAGAAGCUCCCCCUCCUGAAAGCUCUUCAAGAGAAGGACCGUCAGGGAGCCCCCCAAAGCGGCGGAAACUAGACGAGCCAUGCGGGUUUUGUAAUGAGCAGACUGCCAAGUACCGGUGUCCUGGGUGUGGGGUCCAGACGUGCAGCCUGGAGUGCUCGAAAGGGCACAAAGAGCGGACGGGGUGCAAAGGGCAGCGGAACAAGACGGCCAUGGUCAAGAUGGCCGAGUUUGAUGAGAACAACCUCAUCUCAGACUAUAACUUUCUGGAGGAGGCGCUGCGUCAGAACGAGGCGUCGCGGCGCAUGCGCGGCACGUUUGAGGGCGGCCCCUACUCGCGCACGCCCGGCAAGCUGAUGGCGCUCAUCACCCAGGCGCGCAACCGGCGCAUCGAGCUCAUCCUGCUCUCGUCGGACCUGUCGCGGCGCAAAGCGAACACGUCCUACUACGACAAGAAGAGGAAAUGCUUCUUUUGGCGGAUCGAGUGGGUGUUCCCGUCUGCCCAAGUUCAGCUGGCCACGACAAAAUUAGACGAGCACCAGCCGCCGCUGAAAGCGCUGGGCGGCCUCCUGGAGGCGCGGCCCGGCAACGCGGCGCUGCGGCACAAGCUGCGCGACUACUGCGCCGCGGGGGCGGACACGCUCACGUUCCUGCUGCGCAAGGACUGCUGCAAGGCUAGCGAGCAGGUGUACUACAAGAUCGACCCGUCGCGCCCGCUGCGCAAGCUGCUGGAGCGCAAGACGCUCAUCGAGUUCCCCGUCAUCACGGUCGCGCUGCCGUCCGAAGCCGGGAGCUACACCCUGGAAGAAGAGGAGCCCGAGUCGUCCGAGUCCGCGUGGGGGGCCUCUUCCGAGAAAGGCUGGCAGUCGGACGGCAACAUCGCCGCGCUGGUGGAUCCAAGGGUUCAGCUCUACGCAGAGAAGCCGGCAGAAGGUGGGGGAGAAGUGGGGGCCGAUCGAGAAGAGGGCAACGGGCCUCCCGAGGAGGUGCCGAUCGUGAGGGGGAGGGAUGGAGCGGAAGUGGGGGGCGGAAAAGGCGGGGGAGAAGGGGGGGGCGAUGAGGACGUUCCGGAUGUGGAGCUGGCGGCGCUGCUCGCUAAGGCGGCGAUGGCGGACUUCAACAGGAAGCGGAAGAAAAUGGAGGAAGAUGCGCGGGAGGCGAGGGCUUAGGACGUGGCCGAGUGUCGUAACAUAGGCGAUGUGGUGAAGCACGACGGUAGCCGGAGAUUGGGCGGCUUCUCUUUCACAAGAGGAAAGUAGAUGGAGCACGGCAUGGAACCCCUAGUGAAAUUGGAAAAUUUUUGGGAUCAAAAGUCUUCGCUCUGAUUUAGCCACGCGAUUCGUACGGACGCGUUCCCCCGCUCUAUCGUUGUCAAGUGGACAUUUUGAAGGCUCGCUGCGGCGAUCGCAAACUUAAACCCCGCGGGACGGACCUCAGGCUAUUGCGAUCAGUGUCGCGGCGACUGCAGCCGCAUGGUCCGGAC